CUUCUUGCCUUAAACUAUCUCUUGUAAUGUAAUCUAUUUAUAGUAGAAAAUAUAAAACUUCAGAAGCAAAGUUUUUUAAGUCUGUAAAGGAUUGAAGCCUGCUAUCCUGAGCUACUUUACACCAGAGUUUAAUUAAUGAAUUAAUUCGUAGAUGUCUUGGAUAUCCAACCAAAAAAGACACCAUUGAUUUUGUCAAUGUCUUGCCUACCUAGAUCUUGCAUUCCAUUCCAGCGUGAGUGCGAUACUAUUAAUUAAUUAUCAUAGUAAUACAAUGUUGAGAUCCACGGCGUUAAUGCCUGGCUUGCUGCGUCAUGACAUCUACGGUGUUUUCCCAAACCCAUAAGAACAAUAUAUUAAGGCGUUUUGUUCAAGUACUGGCCAGUGUUUGUUUAGUAGACCAACAUAGAACAUCGCAAAAUGGCAGUAUCCAAAAUUAUCUUAUUUGCCGUGGUUCUGAUCGCGUUGAUGGCAACAGUCGCCGCCCAGUUCGGCCGUGGUGGCUUCGGUAAUCGAGGUUUCGGCGGUAAUCGAGGUUACGGCGGUGGUGGCUUCGGCGGUGGCGGCUUCGGCGGUGGUGGAUUCAACCGUCGGGGAUUCGGAGGAUUUGGAAAUCAAGGCUUUGGACGUCGAGGUGGUUUCGGCGGAUUUGCUAGAGGAUGAUCAAUAAAUAGUGACGACAUGGAAACGGAUAAAACUUUUGUGAUAUAAAUGUAAGAUAAUAAAAUAUUUUGUAUUA